AUGUCCCGUGGUUCUAGCACCGGUUUUGACAGCCACAUUACCAUUUUUUCACCUGAAGGUUGGCUCUACCAAGUAGAAUAUACCUUUAAAGCUAUUAACCAAGGUUGCCUUACAUCAGUGGCUGUCAGAGGGAAAGAUUGUGCCAUAAUUGUCACACAGAAGAAAGUACCUGAUAAAUUAUUGGAUUCCAGCACAGUGACUCACUUAUUUAAGAUAACCAAAAACAUUGGCAGUGUGAUGACAGGAAUGACAGCUGAUAGCAGAUGCCAGGUACAGAGGGCGCACUAUGAGGCAGCUAAUUGGAAAUACAAGUAUGGCUAUGAGAUUCCCGUGGGCAUGCUGUGUAAAAGAAUUGCUGACAUUUCUCAGGUCUACACACAGAAUGCUGAAAUGAGGCCUCUUGGUUGUUGUGUGAUUUUAAUUGGUAUAGAUGAAGAACAAGGCCCUCAGGUGUACAAGUGUGAUCCUGCAGGUUACUACUGUGGGUUUAAAGCCACUGCAGCAGGAGUUAAACAAACUGAGUCAACCAGCUUUCUUGAAAAAAAGUGA